AUGGCGGAGACAACGCUGGAAGGGCCUUCCCUGAGCAUGCUGCAUGUGACCGUGCCCAGCGAGGAGGUUGGCCAACAGAUAGCCGGCGCCCUGGUGGAGGGCAGGCUGGCAGCAUGCGUCAACAUUAUUCCAGGCAUUCAGUCUGUCUACAUGUGGAAGGGCAAGGUCGAGCGCGACGAGGAGCACCUGCUCGUGAUCAAGACCCAGAGCAUGCUGGUCCCCGACGUGGCCGCCAGGGUCAAAGCCCUCCACCCUUACGUAGAGCCGGAGGUGGUGGCCCUGCCCAUCUCCGGGGGCAGCGCCAGCUACCUCGCGUGGGUCGCUGAGUGCACCACACACAAGACAGCCUGA